AGCGUCAGAUCAACACUGACCCCAGCCACAUUUUAACUUCCGGGUUUUGCGAUUGAAGUCGGUUGCUGUGGUAACAGUAAACAUGGCGGUUCAGAGCUGGAUCGAUCUGCUAAAAUCAUCCAAUAAAACCGUUUUAAUCCACGACGGUAAAAGGAAGAUCCACUACGUCUUUCCAGAUGGAAAACAAAUGGCAGAAGAGUACGACUUGAGUACUGAUGAGCUCCUCGGACGAAGGUGGUGUCAUAAAAGCACCCUCGGGGCCCCGGGGCCGUGGCAGGUAGAAGUUGGGGAGCCCCCUGCAGGUGCUGCUGUGUUGUUGCAGUCUGAGGGGAUCAUGGAGAGCCGCUGUAACCCUGUGUUGGUGCGUAAAGAUACCAAGAUCUGUUUUCAGUGGAGAAUCCGGAACCUUCCAUACCCUAAGGAGGUCUUCAGUGUGUCGGUGGAUCCAGCUGAGAGACGCAUCAUCAUAAAAACCUCCAACAAAAAGUAUUAUAAGAAGUUGAGCGUUCCGGACCUGGAUCGUUGUCAGCUGCCGUUGGAAGGUUCGGCCCUGAGUUUCACUCACGCCAACAACACUUUGAUUAUCAGCUACAAGAAGCCUAAAGAGAUUUUAAGUGUUGAGCGAGAGCUGCUGGACGAGGUGAAGACGCUAAAGAUGACUGCUGAAGGAGACUGCAAAACUCAGUGAAUUCUUCUGUUGUGACUGAGUGAAGUCGGCAGUUGUGACUGGAUGGAGAAAGACAGUUCUGUCUCGUUUCUCACAGAAUGAUGAAUUAUUUUAAAAGGUGCUCAGAGAGCCCAGAGUUCUGCCAAGAGGCCGAACAAUCCUGGAGUUCUGCUUUGCGAUUAUUGGAUCCUUUUUUCUCACAGUAACUUCAAUAACAUGAAUUCUGCACUU